AUGCUGACUCGCACGAGAACAAACCUUGGCAACCGUGCGCGGCAGCUACGGCAGCAGCAUAUGCCAUGUAAGGAGCUUCUCCAAGUUAUCAAGAAGCAAGGAGUGGACGCGGUGGAAUCGGCAAGUUUCAUAGGUCGAGGGAGAUUAAUUUUCUCGAGUAGUCCUAAAUCCUUUUCAUCUAGCUCUUCCAGAAACACAAGCCGAAUGAACGACAGCAGUUACCAGUACUACAUGGCCUGGGGGGGCAUCGGCAAGACACAGCUGGCGGUGAAGUUUGCUCGUCCACACCACUGCCGGUUCAGCGCUGUAUUCUGGUUGGACGGCCGGAGCGAGGGCAGCAUCAAGCGGAGCACCUCCAGGUGCGCCAGUAAGACUUCCCAACGUCAAAUACCCAAGGCGAGCAGAACGUAUGCUCCAGGCGGCGGAGACGGUAUUGACGCUAUCGUGAAGCACGCCAUGAGCUGGUAA